AUGGAUGGCAAUGCCUUAGCUGCGGUCACAUUGCACUAAUGCAUAAACAAAAGACGGAGAUACCCGCCACAAAAAAUUAGAAUCGCCUCAAUUGCCUACUAGUUUCUUUGUUGCUAGUUGAUCGCGGACUUUCUUCAACAACAAGCGUAAUUACCUGCUAUCGAGCGCGUGCAUUUUGAUACGUACUUCAGAAACCAGUUUUUGCAUUUUCGUGUGACUCAUCAGAUUUCGCAGGCUCAAGGAAACAAUUUCACAAUGGCCGCCCCCAACAAUAGCGAAUCCGCCGAUCAGGUCGGCAUACGAGUGGAAAAUUCUGAAAAUGCCAACGACAACACAGACGCCUUGGGAUCCGUCGGCGGAGCAGGUAGCAGUUCUUCGUCGGCGCCCGCGCACUACAACCCCUACGGCAGCGGAGCCAUCGGACAACUGGCCAAUGGCUAUGUUUCACCUUCGUCCAGUUAUCGCAAGAAUGUGGCCAAAAUGGUCACGGAGCGCCACGCCGCCGAGUACAACAUGCGCCACAAGGAUCGCGGCAUGGCGUUGAUCUUCAAUCACGAGCAUUUCGAUGUGCCCACCUUGAAGUCUCGGGCAGGGACCAAUGUGGACUGCGAGAAUCUUACUCGAGUUCUGAAGCAGCUUGACUUCGCGGUGACCGUGUACAAGGACUAUCGGUUCAACGACAUCCGGAAAGCGAUCGAAGCCGCUGCCUCCCAAAAUCACUCCAACAGCGAUUGCAUCCUCGUGGCCAUUCUGUCUCAUGGAGAGAUGGGCUACAUUUACGCUAAGGAUGUGCAGUACAAGCUGGAGAGUAUCUGGAGCUUCUUCACAGCCAAUCACUGCCCGUCUUUGGCCGGAAAGCCAAAGCUAUUCUUCAUCCAGGCCUGUCAGGGAGAUCGGUUAGACGGAGGGAUGACGAUGCAGCGGUCGCUUACGGAAACCGAUGGGGAUUCGUCAAUGAGCUACAAAAUUCCCGUGCACGCUGACUUCUUGAUAGCCUAUUCCACGGUUCCUGGAUUCUAUUCGUGGCGCAAUACCACCCGAGGCAGCUGGUUUAUGCAGAGCCUGUGCGCGGAACUAGCUGCGAACGGCAAGCGCCUCGACAUCCUAACGCUUCUCACGUUCGUAUGCCAGAGGGUGGCCGUCGACUUUGAGUCUUGCACCCCGGACACGCCCGAGAUGCACCAGCAGAAGCAAAUUCCCUGUAUUACAACCAUGCUAACACGUAUUCUGCGUUUCAGCGACAAGCAAAUGGUGCCGGCCGGACGGGUCUGAUGGCUGCUGGUCUGGUUCAUGGGCAGGUUGAGGCGAGGUGUGUGAUAAAAGUGGGAAACGGGGAGGAACAGGCCGAUAAACCGAGUCGCAAUUGAGUAAUUCUGUAGCUUUAGGUGCAUAUUUUCAUAAAACUAUGGGCUCUCUUGCCAAUGACAAUGCCUCAAAUUAUCGAUUGUAUUGCAAAAUUAGUCUCUCGUUUGGCAUUCAUUAUUCAUAACUCAUUCAUUACUUUAUCAAUAAGGAUGAAAAUGACAAACUCUUUUAUAGACGUAGUAUUAAAACUGAAGAACAAAUUUGUAUUUUUGCAAUUUCUAGACCAUUUAAGAAAGAGAUCUCGAAUUCAAAAUUUAAAUGCCAUUUUCUUGUCCCUCCAGCCACCUCAGAGAUCCAGCAACCUUAGAUUUGUACACUUUUAUGUUUAUACACCGAAAAAUAUUUAUAUAAAUCGCAUGUGUCAUGAUCGUCCAACAAAAAGUAAUAUAUACACACAUUGCAAGAAUGUAGUGGACACUUUAUAACUACUUUUAUACUACAAAUUUUUACCAUUUAUGUAUACUCUUUUGUAAUACCCAUUAGCAAAUGUUUUCCCCUCAAACUGACCGCUAAUAAAAAUAAUCUAAAACAAUGGAAAA